GAAUUCCUGCCAGCGGCAAGAGGCUUUCAAAGUGGGGAGUGGAAGGCGGCAGCUUUCCCCCUCCUUCUGUGUUCGGGAGAAAGGAGCUGCCCAACCUGGUCAUGAGACUUUUCCACACUUUUUAAAGAGGCUCCUGAAGUUCUGGCGCUGCACCACUGAGAGCCCCGGGCAGCCAGUCCAGCACAGCCCCCCCGAGGGCACACACAGCUCGGGAGAUGGAGAAUGAGGUUGGCAAAUCUGUGGACAAUCAGAUGGACAAAUACAUAGUUACGAUAAUGGGGAAAUCAGAAAGCCAAAUGGAUAUUGUGGAAAAAUCAACGAAGUCUGGGAAGAAGCCCUGGAGCUUUGUGGCACUGGGUCUGGCUGUCCUGCUGCUCCUCAUGACUUGUGCUGCCGUCGCCCUGGUGAUCCUCUAUGCCAGCAGCAGAGGAACUCACUAUGGCACCAACUCAGGCAACAUCUGCACCACCCCUGGCUGUGUCACAGCAGCUGCCAGAAUAAUCCAGAACAUGGACCCCACAGCUGACCCGUGCCAGGAUUUCUACCAGUACGCCUGUGGGGGCUGGCUGAGCAGGCACAUCAUCCCAGAGACCAGCUCCAGGUACAGCAUCUUCGACACCCUGAGGGACGAGCUGGAGAUCAUCCUGAAAGGUGUGCUGGAGACUUCAGAUCAAGGGGACAGAGAGGCAUUUCAGAAAGCUAAAAUCCUUUACAAGUCCUGCAUGAAUGAGAGCCUUAUAGAGCAGCGAGAUUCUUUGCCUCUGCUCGAGGCCUUAAGGAUGGUUGGAGACUGGCCAGUGGCUUCUGCAGACUGGAAUAAGACCAAAGAGCCAAGCUGGAGCAUGGAAGAAAAGCUGUCCAUAAUGAACUCCAGGUUUAACAAACGUGUCCUCAUCGACAUGUUCGUGUGGAACGACGACAGGGACUCCAGCAGACACAUCAUUUAUAUUGACCAGCCAAGCUUGGGAAUGCCAUCCAGGGAUUACUACUUUAAUGGGGGCAACUAUCAAAGGGUGAGAGAGGCUUACCUGCAGUUCAUGAUCACCAUCGCCAAAAUGAUCCGGGAGGACCAGAACGUGUCCAGAGAUGAUUCCUUUGUCCAGGAGGAAAUGGCAAAGGUGAUGGAGCUGGAAACAGAGAUUGCAAACGCAACAACCCCAGCAGAGGAAAGGCACGAUGUGACCUUGUUGUACAACAAAAUGACCUUAACAGAGCUACAGGAAAAGUUUGCAUUGAAUGAAUUUAACUGGACCUUCUUCAUCCAAGGUGUCAUGUCUUCAGUAAGUGUCCAGGUUGACCCAGAAGAGGAGGUGGUUGUCUAUGGCAUGCCCUACCUGCAGGAGCUGAAAGCAAUCAUCUCCAAGUACUCAGCAAGCACCAUCCAGAACUACCUCAUCUGGCGCCUGGUGAUCGACCGUGUCAGCAGCUUGAGCCGGCGCUUCAAGGACGCCCGGGCCAGCUACAGGAAGGCUCUGUACGGGACGACGCUGGAGGAGGCGCGGUGGAGGGAGUGCGUGAGCUACGUCAACAACAACAUGGAGAACGCGGUGGGAGCCAUGUAUGUCCGGGAGACAUUUGCUGGUGAGAGCAAGAGGAUGGUGCGAGAUUUAAUCGAGAAGAUCCGCGAAGUGUUCGUGGAGACUUUGGAUGAGUUGCAGUGGAUGGAUGAGGCAUCCAAGGAGAAAGCCAGGGAGAAGGCAAUGGCAAUCAAAGAACAAAUUGGCUAUCCAGAUUACAUUUUGGAAGACCAGAAUGAAAAACUGGAUCAGGAAUAUGCCAAUUUAAACUUCAGUGAACACAAUUACUUUGAAAACAUCCUGGAAAACCUGAGAGCUGGAGCCCAAAAGAGCUUGAAAAAACUUCGAGAGAGAGUCGACCAAGACAUAUGGAUAAUUGGAGCUGCAGUGGUCAAUGCAUUCUAUUCCCCCAACAGGAACCAGAUAGUUUUUCCUGCUGGGAUCCUCCAGCCCCCCUUCUUCAGCAAACACCAGCCACAGGCUCUGAACUUCGGGGGCAUCGGGAUGGUCAUUGGGCACGAGAUCACACAUGGCUUCGAUGACAACGGAAGGAAUUUUGAUAAAGAUGGGAACAUGCUGGACUGGUGGAGCAACUUCUCAGCGCUGCAUUUCAAGGAGCAGUCCCGGUGCAUGGUGCACCAGUACGGGAACUACACCUGGGAGCUGGCAGGGGGGCAGAACGUCAGUGGCAUCAGCACAUUAGGAGAAAACAUUGCAGAUAACGGAGGAGUCCGACAGGCUUACAAGGCCUAUUUGAAGUGGCUGGAACGGGAAGGGAAGGAGCCAAAGCUUCCUGGACUGAACCUGUCCCACAAACAGCUUUUCUUCCUCAACUUUGCCCAGGUUUGGUGUGGCUCCUACAGACCAGAGUAUGCCAGCCAGUCCAUAAAGACAGACGUGCACAGCCCUCUGAAGUACAGGGUGAUGGGAUCCUUGCAGAACUUUGAAGCCUUCUCCGAGGUGUUCCACUGUAAGAAGGGCACAGCCAUGCACCCCGCAGGGAAAUGCCGGGUGUGGUGACAGAGGGACAGGGGGAGGGUGACCCGCUCCGGUGCCACCACACACAGCUCGUGGCAGGGCCGUGCCUGGCGUUCUGCUCAGUCCCAGCCAGGGCUGACGGGGCAGCUGCUGGAGUGGGAGUCACAGAUCCACGGCACUGAGCUGUCCCAGUGCCACCAGGAGCCCCUGGGAUCGCGGGGAUUCGGGGCUGUGCCGGAGCCCACGGCGUGUCCCCGGCCAGAGCGACUGUUUCCAACGACAUCCUGACUGUUAUCAAUCCGCUGCAUCAGGGUUACAAGGACUGAUUCUUAAGCGAAAACAAAACCGACAAACAGCCACAAAUCUAUUUUUCAGAAAGG